AUGCCAAUCAAACUUCCUAAAGGCUUUGCCCGGCGUAAAUCGUCUGGAAAUGCCUUGGAAGAGGGAGAGAAUCCUCCACAAUCUUUCCGAGUGUUUGAACGCCCUUCUGUUGAUAAAAAGUCCUAUAGCGAGGGCAAUCUCUUAGCCAAACGACUAAGUGACGGACAACGGUUCUAUCCAACAGCGGAAGAUUCGGACAACAUCUUUGCGGAGGCUGAUAGCCCAGGCCAGAGAAGCCCUGGAGCCUUGCAUGAGCGUCCCAAGUCGGCAAGAUUUAACUCGGCAACACACCGUUCAACGGAUGGUCCUAAUCCAUCUGAUACUCCAGCAUCGCACUCCCGAAACUUGUACGAUAUACCGAUUCCACCCCUCACUGGCGCAUUGCGUGCAGCUGGUCGAACAUUUUCUUUUGGUGGCAGAUUUUCCAAGGCUUCAGCACAGACUCCUCAGCCCUCGACCCCAGGUCCCUCUAGAAGUCGGGCAAUGACAGCCAGCACGACAAGCACAGCGACGCCUCCGAAACUGCUGGACACAGACUUGCAGCUUGGUCAAGGAGAAGAUGAGUUCCAGAACAUGUUUGAUGAAGUUGGGAAAAGGGAGACUUCUCGAGAAAGGUCGGGAGAUAUGUUUCCCCCGUCUCCAGAACUAGUGGCUCGCAAGCAGGAAAAGUCAUCGCGUCCCACUCCUAUCAAUACCGACCGAUCGAAGGAAAUUGAGCCCUCGCCAUACUCCUGGGACAGCCGACACUCGGGGGAGGGGCUUUUGAUGGCGAGCGAUUCACCUCAGGACCACACUCCGGCAUUGCAACAAACACUGAAUUCUCAUCCUGUGUCUUCAGAGGACCGUCGGAUAUCCCUGCCCUUGUCGAGUGUAGUGCCGAGGACUACUACUCAUCGUUCACUGGAACAACCUCAGGCUAUGCCCGAUAAAAGCUUGAGAAGGAGUGUUCUUUACCCCAGCAAGCGAGCCUCGACGCCCAUGCAAGAUGAGGACGCCAAGUUAAUCAUGGAGUCUCUAUAUACUCAUAAAAGAAGCUCCCAGGUGUUGUUGAGUUCUGAACAUGAGGAUUCCGAUGUGGAACAUGACACUCCCCUUUUCAGCAACAGCCAUGCAACUACCGCGGAUGGUUCAGACCGCUUGGACGCUAAUCCAAUGCUCAUACACAAAUCUCUCGGUGGAGCCGAGGACCACCCCGACCCUUCUAUAGCAGCACAUGCAAGACUAGCUGCGCAGUACGAGGAGAAGCAACCGGCACCUACAGCAUCGUCAAACAAAGUCAUGACGCCUUCGCAAUUCGAACAUUACAGACAACAGCAGGAGCUAAGAAGAUCUAACAGCGAUGCGUCCAAGAGUGAAGACUCUGCAGAGAGCGAGUUUGACGAAGAGGACGAGGCUGAAAAGAACCGCGAAGUAGAGAGGCAGCGACGGAAGCAGGAGGCCCAUCUCUCGGUGUACCGACAGCAGAUGAUGAAGGUGACCGGGCAAGAGUCUCCAGCGCCAGCGCUUCGCUCAGAGGUUGAUCGGGCUAAUAACAGUACGCCGAACCUAACAGUCACCCCGUUGAAUUCAGGUCAUAGAUCAGGCAGUGGAAAGAGCAGUGAGGGUGAUGAAGACGAGGAAAUCCCCCUAGGGAUCCUGGCAGCACAUGGGUUUCCCAACAGGAAUCGGCCUCCUAGCCGCCUUGUUCCUUCGAACUCAAUCCCCAAUCUCCGAGCCUCAUUUCAUCAGCCUUAUAUAUCAUCCUCGAGCUCCAUUGCCGAUCAAGAACCCGGCAAUCGUUCUAGUCUCCCGGUUUUUGCCAGAAAUCUCCCACGAGACCCAUAUUUUGGGGCGAGUCUAGUCAACCCUUCUAAUAGGGAGUCUUUGGCCUUCGGUGGUGGUUCUUCAGUUUACGGAGGCCCAGCAGCUGCCGCAGGCCCCCCACCUGCAUUGCCUCCUGGGGGGUUGGUAGGGGUGAUCGCCACUGAAGAAAGAGCAAGAGCAAUGAGGAGAGGUAGCCCCAACACGCAAGCUAUGUAUGAGUAUCAAGGUGGGCAAUCGACAGUACCUGCCCCACCUAGUGGCAUUCCCAGGCCCUAUACGAUGAUGAGUAUGAAUUCCCCGGGCUCGGCCGGGCCCCCGUCAGGGAUAUCUGCUACGGAACAGGCACAGAUACAGUUGUCUCAGCAAAUGUCAAGUAUGAUGCAAAUGCAGAUGCAGUGGAUGCAGCAGAUGAUCCAGAUGCAGGGUGGACAGGUUCCACCUCAGCAAUUAGCGCCACCGGCAGGCUCCCCGCCUACAGCGACCGCUAACGCAAAUAUGAGACCAUCCUCAAUGCCCUCAGCUGGAGGAGCCAACCAUGCUCCUGCUGCUUACCGGAAUGAUCAAAGAACACUGAGUAUGCUUGAUCCGAACGUUUCUUCUCGUCUUAAUAGCCCAGUCACGUCAUACAAUGUCGCAGGUGACCGACCAAGCACGCCAGCAGGGCAAGGCUAUGCACCAUCCAUUGCUCCAUCGGAGCGCAGCAAUGUUGGACUGGCGCCUCGGUAUAGGCCUGUGUCAGUGUUACAGCCAGAGUCCGGACCAGCCCCUUUCCCCUUCAUGUCAAAAUCAUGGAAUGAUGAGAAUCAGAAGUCGACUCUCUCUGUCCCUCCAACGAGAUCACAUCAAAUCAGACCUACCAUCGAUCGAACCUCGAGUGGCGAUAAAUCAACGAUCACCGGUACAAAGGGUCAUGGCGCUGACCCAGAUGAUGAUGAUGAUGAAGGCUGGGCCGAAAUGAUGAAGAAACGUGAGAAAAAGCGCAACAAUUGGAAGAUGAAGAAGGAGACGUCGAGUUUUGGAGACCUGUUGAAUGCGGUACAUUGA